CAAUCUCUGCAAGCAAGUGUCAAUCGAAACCCUGUUUGACCAACCCCUGGCCUGCCAGAUCUGCAUGACACUCCGGAUCCGGCAGCUGCACGAGUCGCUACUAAGGAAGGUUGCGAAGAGUUGGAGCGAAAGAGAAGUCCUCAGGUUCUGCUCUGUUCAGCGUUCUGCUCAACUUCCAUCUUGCCUACUUACCUUCCCUGCGGCAGCACGUUUUCCUUCAUCUCAACAAGACGAUUGCUUAGCUUGCAUUUUCCUACUACCUAGUCUACUAAACUUACCACCACCAUCUUCAAAGAAGUUCGAUUGCAAUUAUUCACACAAUGGCUUCCUCCACCCUUCUCAGGAGCACCGUCUCCCCGGCCGCUCUGGUCGGGGCUUCGUCUGUUGCUUCCAGCCACAACAGCAUUGUUAGGACGCCAAUCAGAUUGACGACUGUGCAGAAGCCGGCUAUUCAGAGGACCUUCGUGGUUAGGGCUGACAAGAACCCCCUCAAGCAGGUUGCCAACGCCGUGGCAGAUGCUGCUGACGCACUCAAGGACAAGGUUGAUGAUGCGCGCGACGACCUUGGCGGAGCUGCUCACGAUGCCAAGCAUGAGGCCAAGAAGGCUGGCCGCAAUGUUGAGGGGGCCGCCAAGGACCUGUCCCGCGACGCCAAGGGUGCCACCAGGGACGCCGAGAGGAAUGUGAAGUCAGCUGCUGACGACAUUGAGGGCAGUGCCAAGAGCGCAUCUCGCGACGCCAGGCACGACUCUGGGAGACUGGGUGACAAGGCAGAGGACGCAGCAGGAAGCCUGAAGAGCGAUGCGAAGGGUGCUGCCAGGGACACUCAGAACUGGGCUGAAGACAAGGCUGACGAAGCUUCGGGCCACAGCGACAACCUCAUUUCGAAGGCCAAGCGCGCUGCUGGCGAUGCGGGAGAGUGGAUCGAAGACAAGGCCGACGAUGCCAAGCACGCACUCGGUUCCGCCGCCGACGAUGCUGAGGGGAGCGCCAAGAGCGCAUCUCGCGAUGCCAGGCACGAGUCUGGAAGGUUGGGUGACAAGGCAGAGGACGCAGCGGGGGAUGCCAAGGGCGCGGCCAGGGACACACAGAACUGGGCCGAGGACAAGGCUGACGAAGCUUCAGGCCACGGCGACAACCUCGUCUCCAAGGCCAAGCGCGCUGCUGGUGACGCGGGCGAGUGGAUUGAGGACAAGGCAGACGAUGCUAAGGAUGCCCUGGGCUCUGCUGCUGACGAUGCUGAGGGGAGUGCCAAGAGCGCGUCCCGCGAUGCAAGGCACGAGUCUGGGAGGUGGGGUGACAAGGCUGAGGACGCUGCGGGGGACCUGAAGAGGGAUGCCAAGGGCGCAGCCAGAGACACUCAGAACUGGGCCGAGGACAAAGCUGAUGAGGCCCAGGACCGCGGCGACAGCCUCGCUUCCAAGGCCAAGCGCGCUGCCGGUGAUGCGGGUGAAUGGGUUGAAGAUAAGGCGCAUGAUGCCAAGCGCGCGGUGGGCUCCGCUGCUGACGACGUUGAGGGGAGCGCCAAGAGUGCGUCACGUGACGCCAGGCACGAGUCCGGCAGGCUGGGGGAUAAGGCAGAAGAUGCGGCGGACGACUUGAAGGGGUCUGCGCGCGGUGCGCAGAAGGACGCCAAGGGUGCGGCCAGAGACACUCAGAACUGGGCUGAGGACAAGGCCGACGAAGCGAAGGACCGUGGCGACGGCCUGGCCUCCAAGGCGAAGCGCGCCGCUGGAGACGCCGAAGACUGGGCCGAGGACAGAGCGCACGACGCCAAGCAUUUGGGAAAGGACGCUGCCAGGUCCGUUGAGGGAACUGCCAAGGAUGCGAAGAGAGCCGUCGGCCAUGCGGCUGACGACGCUGCUGACGCACUGCGGUAGAUAAUGUCACAGACAUAUUUGGGCGUUUUUUGCAAGUUGGUAGUGCUGAGCUGUACAUGUGCGAGGAGAUAGACUUUUGAGCUGGCGAUGCAUAUCUAGGCCGUCUAGUGUGACACUGCUUGGCACAAAUCUCAGUGCCGAUUUGCGAAUUCAGUGCAGACUUUGCGAGUGCGAGUUUUGUUGUGGCUGCACACGAAGAAGGGGUGACAUUGAAUAGACACUGUCAAGAUUUAUCUCCUCGUUGAGGAGUUGUGGUGAACAUUGAUUACUGAAUCAAUCUCAGCAGUUUUUCCGAAAGCGCGUUAAGUCUCCCAAACGUUUACUAAAACCAUCGAUGUGAUUGUAAUACUUAAAAUUACCAUGUUCUCAUUCCUCC